UGUACGGUUUUGGAUGUGAAAGGUCCUACGAUCUGGUGUGCGGUGAAUACACGGUCGAUUUGGAUGAAUUCGUAGAACAAGAAAGGGUGUGGAAAAUAUAUAGAUAUUUUCUAUAUCAGGAUUACGUCCUUCAUUGGGUGAAAAGUGUGCGAAUUAAUCGAUGUACGCUACUUUACGAGCCACGUGUGUGGUGUAAUUAUGAGUUACUUCGUAGGCGUGUGUAACGAUCGAAACGUUUCGUGCUGCGACCGUGUAAAGAGUCAAUAAGUAGUUUGCAAAACGAGUGUUUUUUCGACAAGUAAGAAAAAAAAGAAGCAGAGAAAGAAAGAAAUAAGAAAAGAUAAGGUGUGCCGCGGGUGAAUGCUGAAAAAAGAAUUCUUCUAUAUUUUACCAGUAUAGGAAGUGAUAGAACCAUGCCCGUUAAUCGAGGAAGUAGUGUGCAUGGCAUAAUGCCACCGCACUAUCUGCACGAGUUGCCGGCAGAGGAUGAACAGAGACUGCAGAAAAUAUUCGAAAAUUUAGAUCUGGAUGGGAAAGGGAAAAUCGACGUGAAGGAUUUGUCGAAAGCGCUUUGCAAAGUCGGAGUUGAUAAAUACUAUGCCGAGGAAUUUUUAGCCAGAUCGGACAGCACUAAGAGCGGCGAUAUCAGUUUAGCAGAAUUUAUACAUUAUGUCCGUGAACAUGAAAAAAAUUUGCGUCUACAAUUCUCUCAUCUUGACAAAAAUAAAGAUGGAAAAAUUGAUUUGGAGGAACUGAUAAAGGCGUUCGAGGAAUUGGGAAUCAAGAUGGAUUUUGACGAAGCAAAGAAAUUGCUGCAACGAAUGGACAAGGAUGGAAGUCUUACUAUAAGUUUCAACGAGUGGCGAGAUUUUCUGCUUUACGCCCCGAGCAGUGAUCUUUUGGGUUUGAUCGAAUAUUGGCAUCAUACAAAUUAUAUGGACAUUGGGGAGGACAUUGGGGUCCCUGAAGAUUUUACAACCAGUGAAAUGGUCUCUGGAAUGUGGUGGCGACAUUUGGUUUCCGGUGCUGUAGCUGGUGCUGUCUCACGCACAUGUACUGCGCCUUUGGAUCGGAUUAAAGUUUACCUACAAGUACAUGGAACACAACGAUGCAAAAUCAGAAGUUGCUUCUGGUAUAUGCAUCGUGAGGGUGGAUUAACUAGUCUGUGGAGAGGGAAUGGUAUAAACGUACUUAAAAUCGCACCAGAAAGUGCAUUAAAAUUUAUGACCUAUGAGCAGAUUAAGAGAGCAAUUAAAGGAAACGACGAUAGAGAGCUAGGACUUUACGAACGAUUCAUGGCAGGAUCUUUAGCAGGUGGAAUUAGUCAGUCUGCUAUAUAUCCACUCGAGGUACUGAAAACUAGGUUUGCGCUUAGAAAAACAGGAGAAUUUGUAGGUUUGGUUGAUGCAACAAAAAAAAUAUAUAGACACGGAGGUUUAAAAUCCUUCUAUAAAGGUUAUAUCCCUAAUUUAAUGGGGAUAAUUCCAUACGCUGGUAUUGAUUUGGCCAUAUACGAAACUUUGAAGAAUAGGUAUUUACAAACACAUGACAAAAAUGAACACCCACCGUCUUUCGUAUUAUUAGUAUGCGGAACAAGCUCUAGUACAGCUGGUCAAGUGUGUUCAUACCCAUUAGCUCUAGUCAGGACACGAUUGCAAGCCGAUAUAUCGCCAGAUAAGUCUCCUAAUACCAUGGUUGGUGUUUUUAAAGAUAUUAUUAGAAGAGAAGGACUUCGUGGCUUAUACAGAGGUAUAACACCAAAUUUCUUAAAGGUGGUUCCGGCUGUAUCGAUUAGUUACAUAGUGUAUGAGAAUUUCAGAGGGCUGCUGGGUGUCAAUAUGACGUGAUGAAUAUUUAUGUUAGGUGAUAUUAAUUUAAUUAAAUUAUUCUUUAACUAUAUUUUAAGAUAUACGAGCCAGUCGAUUAUCGGCUAGUAUAAUUGAACCGCAACGCCGCUUAUUUAUUAUUAACUUGAAACUUCCUCAAUUAUUUAAGCAUUUGCCAAUUUUUUUUUUUUUUUUUUUUUUUUGUAUGUAUCAUGUUCUUAACGUACACAACUAACAACGCGUUUGUUAAAGAUUCUAAGUGAGAAACUAAAUGUAAUAAAACGGCCAGCACAGGGCAUUUGAAUUAAAUUUUAAAUGAAUUUUCAUGUAUAUAUGUGAGAACACAUACAUACAUACACACACACUUUGUGUAUACGUUCGAUACAUCGCAUUAACGAUUUACGUUGUACUCACUGUUGUUACUUACGUCUAUAUUUUUCUCCCGCGAAGCGAAAUGACAGUGUAGAUAUUUAAAACAAGUAUUAUGACUUACGAUUUCAUUUUAAUUUUAUUAUGGAAUAAAAGGGUAGAGAAAAAUACAUAUUUAGUUGGUGUAAUAUUAGGAAAAAGUUUUUCAUACAAUUCACAAGGUGUUCUAAAAACGAAUUAUUAUACAUACACGAGGCGUAAUUUUAUCAAAAUGUAAACGAAGGUAUUUCUUGAAAUAUACUAGACAAUGUUACAAAUUGUAAAAAUAGAGGAGGUAUCGGGUUAUAUUGAUACUGUGAUAUGUAUGAGUAUAAGCUAAAUUGAAAAAUGUGAUUCCGUGCAUAACAUUUCGGUAAUUAUAAAAAAAAUAUAUUUAAUUUUCAUCGUAAAUAUCUUUUAGCUACUAGUUUAAUGACGACAUGUAGAUUCUUCGCUAUCGAGAUGUUAUGCUGUGAAUUACAUAAAAACUGCACGUUUCUCCGAUCUUUUCUGCUAGUUUGUGUGUUAAAAACUUGUUCCACAAACAGGUACUACACGCUCGAUAUGUUUACUUGUUACCAGGGCUUGAAAAGGUUUCAAAAAUAAUUGUUUCAAACCAUUAUAUGAAAGUUCUGGUCAAAGCUAUUACGAAGAACUUCUAUUCUGAAUAACUGUUAUGAGGAACAUAAAAAUGUUGAACUAUAUCGGUUUAAGUUAAUGUUCUUGCAUCAGCACUCAUAUGGGUUUUCUAUAACCAUUAUUUUUUAGAUUUUAUAUAGAUAAUAAAUCUAUAUAAUGAAAAUAUUUAUCGUUUGCCGUUUAUCGGCGGCCAGAUCAAAUUUCGUUAGUUUUAUCAAAAUAUUAGUAAAUUACAGCUAAGCAAGGGCAAUAUCAUAUGUAGAACAAUUAUUUUAUAACUUAAUAAAUUCUUCGUAACUGUUCCAAGAACCUAAACCUAUAUUAUAACAGUUUUCAAGCCUUGUUUGUUACACAUUUGUUCCAAUCUAAUUCAUUCUCCAGUUAAUGAAUCUUGUGAACAGGUUGUGUAUAUCGUGUAUAUUAUAAAUAUGUAUAGUUACGUUUUAUGGAAGUGCAUCGCGAGAUAGUAUUAUAUCCGUGUCUAUUUGCUUCUCUCUUCAGAGUAAUCGCGAAAAAUAAUUACGAACGACAAGUGAUGACGAUAAGAACAAUAAUUUCAUAAAUACACCGCGCGCGUACGCAAGCUACUAUUCAUAGUAUAUGUUCUUAAAAAUUAUACGUACCUUAUUCUCUGUCUCCAUCACUUUUUACAUAGAGAAAAUAUGAUAUAGUAAACAGUCAAAUGCAAAAGUACGAAAUCCAUUUUUUGGGGGUAAUCGUAGCAUUUACAGUUUAAGUACGUUGUACAGAAAAUGGUCAUUGAUCGAACAACAACACUUUAUUAAUUUUAAGUUAUAUGACAGUCAUGAUAUGUUUUCAGAAGAAAGUUUUGUAAAUAACUUUAACGAAUUGAAAGAAAUUGUAAGAGACUAUUUCAGUGCAAUGCUUGAUAUUAAAUUAUUGCAUAGCAUUAUACAAGUUGCAGUAAAAUUAAUAUAUAAUUCUAUUUGAAGCACGAUAUGUGAAUCGGUAAAUUUUUUAAAUUCGUUUUAUGGCUCGAUGUUCAUGUACACGUAAGACUUUUGUAAAGAAUAAAUAUAUAAUUUAUAAAUUAUUUUUAAAAAAAAUUUGGUUCCUAAGUAGUUGAUACGGGUUAAUUAAAGAAUCUGACUGGUGGCAGAUAUUACAUGUUUAACUACAUGUUACAGACGAUAUUCCUGCCUUAAAAUAUAUAUUUAUAAUAUUAAUUCCAUUUAAAAAUAUACACAACAUAUACAUCAUAUAAAGAAUAGUUACUUUUUGCUGUAUACCUAUUUACCUUGCAUAUAUAUUUAUCAGUCUCAUGUAAAUCACCAAAGAAUAUCUUUUACCAUC